UCCGGGGUUUUGAUUUUAAAUUUAAGGGCAAACUUUGUUUGUGCUGAAGGUCAUAAUUUGGGUGUGUUUGGGGAUGGUUUGGUGGUUUUUGGUUAGAUUAUUUUCAUGGGGGUUAUUUUAUGGGGUAUGGGAGUUUUUUUUUAAUUAUUUCUUGGCUGGAAAACCUUGCCUCUAUCUGGCAACACUGAAUCAUACUUGUCAUUUUGUUUGAGACAAAAAUACGUUUCGCUUUUUUGCUACAAAAACAUUUCCUGAUGCUGUCAAUCGUUUAUCUUUAGAGAUAUUUGAGUAAUAGAAUUGUUGAUACGUUUUUAAAACCAGUUUGAGCUUUAAAGUCACGGAUAAAGAGUUGUUAGUAGCAGAUAACCCAACUAGACGGGACAGUUUCCACCGCUCCCACAGCCGCAAGGGGCGGAGCAUAUUGUGACAGACAUGUUGCAACAGCCAAUCAAACGAUUCUAUUUCUUCUUGAUAGCCAAUCAUGAUUAGUUAGGAUGCUCCACAACUUGACUGUGAGAGCUAGCAGACUGAUUAUAAUUGUAAAUAAAUAUAGACGCCGAAGGAUUUAGAAGACAGCUUUGAAAUAUUGUCUGUCACCCGCAAUAUAUCAAACUACAAAUAUGUGAGCGGCUGGAAAAUGAUGAACCCUUUUAGAAAAGAUGCUGUUCUUUUUGGGUCCUGAGUGAAGAUCAGAGAAGGACAUGAUCCCAGAGUCAUCAGCUGCAUCUGCAUCCAGGUCCUCACAGCAGAAUAGAAGCUCUCAUGCAGGAGCAACCUCUUCUGGAGCUGUCACCCAAUCAGGGGAUGAUUCAGGAAAUGAAAAUCAACAAAAAUCUGUGAGACGGAGGAAAAGAGCCCACACAUUCCCUGAGAAUGUCAAGCGUAAAAAAGCGAAAGGCGGCUGCAGUGGUGCCAAAGCGGGGGCCAGAAAACAGAAGCAUGUGGAAGCUGUCACCCUUUUUGAAGUUAUGUCCAUGGGCAAGAGCGCCAUGCAGGUGGUGAUUGAUGACUGGAUUGAGGCGUAUGGAACGGACAAAGACUCCUCCCUCCUGGAUCUCAUCAGCUUCUUCCUCCAGUGCUCUGGCUGCAAAGGUGUGAUCACAGCAGAGAUGUGUCAGAGCAAAGAGGGCCGUGACGUUAUGAGGAACAUGGUGGAGGAGUUGGAUGAAGUUGCUGGUCUGCAAUAUAAAAAGUUUCUGGCUUUCCCAUGGAUCCUCACAGUCACCUGGCCCCUAGAUUCAGACAGUGCCGAGUACCCCCUCAUGCAGUCUGGACCGCACAGUCGCUGGUUCCACACCGAGUUCUCUGAAUUCGUGUCGGUCCUGGUGGCUCAGUGUCAGCACACCAUCAUCUUCGACAGCUACCUGAUGAGCGCCGUCAUCUCGCUGCUCAGCGAGCUGUCCAACUCGUACGUGCGCGCCUUCAGACACACCUUCACGCUCGCUGCGACUAAGCUGCUGAGCUCGCUGAUGGGCGUGGCUCUCAGCCUGAGCGUCGGGAUUGAAAACAGCCAGAAGCUGUACGGCGUGCAAAGGACGAAGACGGCGAGGCAGAGGAGCACUCAGCAGUUGGAGAGGCUGCAGAAGAAGAUCACAGAGUUGCAGGAGAAGCGAGCAGAGAUAGAGAGCAUGAUGGACGUCAUCUUCAAGGGGAUUUUUCUCAAGAGAUAUCGUGAUGUUCUCCCAGAAAUCCGCUCCAUCUGCAUGGAGGAGCUGGGCCUGUGGAUGAAGCUCUACAGUUCUUUGUUCCUCAACGACAGUUACCUCAAGUACAUCGGCUGGAUGAUGUACGACAAGACCCCAGAUGUGCGUCUCAAGUGUAUGCUGGCACUGCAGGGACUGUACGGAGAUCCUGCGCUCCUGCCUAAACUUGAUCUGUUCACCAGUCGCUUUAAGGAUCGGAUUAUCUCCAUGACGCUGGAUAAGGACAAUGAGGUGGCGGUACAGACCAUGAAACUUCUGGUGCUUAUCUCGAGAACAUCUGAGGAUGUUCUCACCCCGGAGGACCACAAUCGGCUCCUCCAGUUUGUUUACUGCUCACAGCGCCCUCUUGCUGCAGCUGCAGGGGAGUUUCUCUUCUCAAGGCUUUUGAGUGCUGAAGCUUCUGAAACUCAGGAUUCCAUGUAUGAGGAGGACAUACAUGCACAACAGACGUAUACCAGGAUAAAAGCUUUACUGAAGUUUUAUCAAGAAUCUGAGGCACACACACAUGUUGUGUAUCUUGUGGACAGUCUGUGGGACUGUGGGGGGGCUCUGCUGAAGGACUGGCCCACACUCACAUCUGUGUUGCUGCAGGACUCGUCUCCUCAGGGUUCAGGUUUUUCUUCAGCAGAACAGGCUGUGCUUGUAGAGAUCCUGGUUGCGUCUGUGCGGCAGGCCUCAGAAGGACCGCUGUUGGCGGGAAGGAGUGGAGCAAAGAAGGUUCUUAACGCUCGGGAAAAGAAAUGCCAAAUUGACGACUGUCUAAAGCUGACAGAACAUCUGCUGGUGGUGCUUCCUCAGUUACUUUCUAAGUACUCCUAUAGCUGUGACAUUGUUGCCUCGUUGAUAAAGAUUCCUCAGUACUUCCUUACGCAGAGUCAAGAAGCUGAAAACUCAGAGCAGGUGUGUAGCUUGGUGGCAGAGAUGGCGUCUGUUUUGGACCUCCACUCGAGCCCUGCGGUUUUGGAAGCAGCAGCACGCACCUACCUCAGUCUCUGUGGGGAGGGGACGGCCUGGUGCUCGGUGGUCAGUGCUGCCAGAGACUCCCUGGUGGAGAGCUGGAUGGAGCAUCUGAAAGAUCUGCUGAAGGACUCACUGUCUGGAGAUGGUUUCUCUGCUGAUGAAGAAAAGUUAGAAGACAUCGUAACAACCACAAAGAAACUCAGAACUUUCCACAGCUGUCAUGACCUCAGUCGAUGGAAUCUGUUUGACCUGCUGUAUCCUCUUCUGUCUGAGGAGGUCAUCUGCAGAGGAGCGCCCGCUGAGAUUCUUGAGGAGGUGCUGCAGUGCUUGUCGUUAACCCUGCUCUGGUCUCUCAACAAAAGCAGUGAACUUUUAACCUCCAGAGAAAAAGCCGUCGCUCAGAGGCUUCAGCUGUGUCUCUUCAGUGAGUCGAGUCAUCGAUGUCUUUCACACGGCAGCCACAGAGUGAGGAGUCAGGCUUUUCUAGGCGUUUGUGACAUCCUGACGGCUCACUGGUUCCAGCUGCACGUUUGGGAUCCCACCUGCUUCGGUCCUCUGCUCUUCACUCCCAGCCCCAAACUGCAGAGGGCGCUGUUGACCUUUGCUUGCACCCACGUCUUUGUUGGGGCUGAUGGUGACAGCCAGAGCAAAGUGGGGGAAAGCCCGGACGAAGAGAAACUUGAGAACCUCCACAGAAGAAGAAAUCUCCUCGCGGCCUUCUGCAAACUGAUAGUACAUGGAGUUCUAGAAACGAGCAUGGCAGCUGAGGUCUACAUGUUCUACAUGAAGUAUAACAACGACUUUGGAGACAUCAUCAAGGAGAUGCUGUUCAGAACGAGGCAGACGGAUAAAAUCGGGAGCGCCCGCACCCUGGUUCUCUGUUUGCAGCAGCUGUUUUUGCGGCUAAAGCAGGAACAAGAGCGGGGUGACGGGGCUCAUCCAGGAGUCCAGACAUUCACUACCAUCAAGGAGCUUGCCAGGAGAUUCGCUCUCAGCUUUGGGGACCUUGUCAAGUUUCGCGAGUGUGUCGUCAUGAUCCACAGAAGCGGCAUCGAGUUUGCAUUCCAAGAAUCCAGUCCUGACACAGCUGCACCUCCGUAUCUCUCCUACCUGACCAUCCUCAGUGAAUUCUCCAGUAAGCUGCUCAAACUGGACAAAAAGACGGUUUUCUCCUACUUGCAGAAGCACACUGCUGUGCACGUUGACCUCAGGGAGGAGUGCUGGAAACCUCUCGUCCACUAUCGAGCCUCAUUAUUAGCUGUAGCUGACAUGGAGGAUGCAGUAUCACACGGGAGCUCAGACAAACGGCCCUGCAUGCAGAACCGCUCUCCCUCUGGCAAACAAAAACAUGAAGCGGGAAACAAGUCUCCCUGCCAGAUCAGUCCUGUCAACUCCAAAACUGGCAAAACUCACAGACCAAGCAUCAGUUCAAGUCAUCAGGUGGAUAAGGAUCCUCCUGCAAGAAGCCUCAACAUAGAUGGAUCCAAUUCUAGCUGUAGCAAAGAGGCAGAUGAUGGGACCGUGGAGGUGGAGUUCUGACAAGACCUCACAUUACAUGUUCUGUUGAUGACCAAUAGCUUCUUGGUGGACUUUUGUCUUCCAUGCAAAGAUUUUUAAUUAACUACCAUCUGGUUGAUGGUUGACCUCUUUUUUUAUUUUUUAAAUAAUAAGCUAAAGUAAAAAUUCAGAAGGACUUUCAGGUUAGAGCUGCGUUCACACCGGCCUCAGCAGUGACCAUUUUCAGCAAAAAGUUUAAGUAAAAGUGCGUUUCGGGAUUUUGUGUUCAAAAUUCUCGUGUUCACGUGUAGGUACACUAGUUUCAAAGCGAGCAUCUAUUAAACGAGUGUUGAAAGUUAAACCUGGUUGAACUUUGACCAAUCAAAGACACGGAUUUGGCAGUGACGUAUGGGUAGCAUCCCUUUUAACUCACCCAAGUGCCAACCGUUUGAAAAUCGAUCAUGAAGGAGAAAUUAAUAAUUGUUGAACAGAGAAAUAAAAAAAAAACCUGAAGCAAGAUUCACUAGAUUUACACCCCUUUGACAUUUUGCACCAAGCCUCUUCCAACUGUAGGGGGCAGACAUGGACUAGUAAACAGUAGAAAAGACGAAGCCCCUCCCUGCUUGUCCAGUGGGAAUUCAAGAAUGUAUCACAUCCGGUGUGAACGUAGCUUUAGAGAAACCUUUAGAUAACGUGCUUAAGCCAAGUUCUUGUACUCCACAAAUUCAACUUUAAAGACCUGGAAUACUUAUCAGCUGGACUCAAAAUACCUGGAGUACUAUAGGACCAUCAGUACAUUUUUUUUGUAAUAUUGAGUUUAGCUAUGAUUCCAGUUUUUGUAUAAUCUAAGAUCAUCUCUGGUUGUUUGACCACAAGAUAAAGAGAUUAAGAAAUGGUCUGACCUAAAUGGUCCCAUAAAACCACUUCAGUCUGUGACCAACCGGUACAUCUGUGGUCACAUAUCCACAGCUGACUGCUCCCUCCUCAUUCUAGACAUUUAAGGUCUAUGAAAGAAGAGUAGUUGAUGUUCUGCUGAGCUCAGUUCAGUCCAUGACUUCUUAAUAUUCUAAAAUCAAUGCAAGCAUGGAAGUAUCUCCAUGGAUUAACUAAAAAUGCAACAAGGUUCAUAUCACUGUCUGAAUCACGGUUUGGUGUAAACUAGGAACCUGGACGGUGAAAUCCGACCAACUUCGAUCCCAUUUCCUUAAGUGCCUUCUCAGAUUUUUGCCCAACAGCCAAUCAUUUUCUCCACAUCAAUACAACAAUUUCAAACUAAGAAACCUUUUUUAUUUGUUUACAAACUGUUUAUUAUUAUUUGUUGGUUAUUUCCCUUUAGAGCAGAAUUUUAAGCGUUAACACAUUUCAUCAUCAACAUUUUCUCUCUUAUCCGAGGUUUGUUUUUGCAUCAGAAUGAUAUAAAUGCUAAAAGGUAGACCUACUUCUGCCCUGUCCUGGUGAGUGUUUUAGUGAAUGCAAAGACAGCUGUGGUUUUAUUGGAGCCUGAGCAGUUUUUUUUCAUGAAGUAGAAACAGCCAGUUAACAUCUACACUUCAUCUUCAAAAGAUCCAGUUUAGGAGCAGAAUUUAAUCUUCAUUUCCUCAAGUUUUGGGAAAUCUGACCUCACAAUAAUUUGUCUUGUAUACUCGUUUCAUAAAUAUAUUUAAGUUGUAUUUUAAUGUUCAAAUGUAAUUAGAAAACACUCUUGUUUGAAUUAUUUUCUUGUUUUGACGAUUAUAUGGUGCUUUAUUUCCAUCCAGCCUCACACAUCUCUUAUGUAACUCGUUUUAAAUAAAUGUCAGAUUUUUCAAAACUU